GUGCAAUGUGGCCGGUACACCCGACGCCGAGACCGCUCGCGCCGCCACGUAGCGCACUCUCCAAAUCGGUCCAAUUCAUAUCCCUCAGCAAGCUCUUUCUCGCUGCGUCGUGCGUCUUCUCCAGCAACACUUGCUGUGGCCACUCAAGGCGUAUAUGACCGAGCCGCUGCCAUGGACGCUUCCCCCAUCCCUCAACACGUCACUGUACGAUCUAGAGAGGACGAUUCCGGCUCAGUACCGCACGACGAACGCCUACGACUACAACGAGACCUUCGACACCGACGUCUUUCGCUAUACGAUUGCUGAUCCGCCCAAUACCACGUGCUUGGACACGCUACUGCGCAUUGCGGCCACGCCCUUCUUUGGCGUUGGCAUGCGCGACGCUGUGUGCCGUUUUGCAUCAACACCAUUGACCAAUGCGUCAACAUCAUCGUUUGUCUACUGCCAGGACAUUUACCUCGCCCCGUCCCGCACAGGCAGCUCGUGCAUUUGGGGCACGCGAGAAGCGUCCGGCAUGAUCCUCUACUACGCAACGAUCCCAACGUUUCAUGCCGGCGCCGUCAUUGCGAAGCUCAUCUAUCGUCUAGUACUCUCGCUCUAUGCAAUCGUGCGGCUUUAUACGGGCUACUACCGCCACUACGCGUCGCUCCUCGCCUCGCUGCGACGACUCGACGACGUACACGUGGUGCGCUACGUCGUUUGCAUCGGCGAUCCCACGAGCGUAGUCUUGUCCGACCUGUAUCUAUCGGUUGGUUUUGUGAUCGACCUUUUUCUAAGCACCAGCACGGUGGUGACUGGCAUUCUACGCCUCUCGCAAGUCGACGAUUUGCAUCAGUUUGCCCUUGGUGCGCUCUACUUGUCGCGACUGGUAUGGAUGUAUUUUUUCGGCAUGCGCUACAGCACGUUUCUUAUCAAGCGAUGGCACUGGGAAGACCGCGUGAUGGGCCUUGACGCGACCGUCAUGACCGCGGUUAUCUUUCUGGCUGCCGCCGGCGUCAACACGCUCAUUAUCCGCACACCGCUGAUGGCGUUCUAUCAAUGGUGCAACUCGGUAGUUGCGCCCGAUCCCGCGAGCAUUGACCUCACUCUGGCCUCCGUGUUGUUGACACUGGGCACAGCAUCGGGGCCGCUCCUUCUUGCCACAACACUCACCGCUAUCAAGCACCGAUGCGCCAACGCGACAGCGCAGCAAGUGUGUCUCAGCUUCAAGCAGCGUGUGCUCUUCUAUCUCAACUGCGGCGCGAUGAAAGAGCACCGAGGCGGCAGUCUCUAUCGCCUGUUUGCGCUCGACCCGCGCCUUCGCCGAUAACCGCUCAUCGGUCUCGAGAGCGCCGACUGUUUUAUCGACGGCUACGACGACCAGAAUCGUCUCUGUACGCGUCUCCGAGUGAGUCUCCUUGCGGUAGCGCUGGACGCUCGGUAUUUGCAAGACGCCACCAAGGGGGCUCGCAGCGUCCUCUCGCUCGUCAAGCCGUAUGGCUUCUGCACCCUGGCAGACGCGACAAGCGACGGCGUUGCCCCGCUCGAGACUCGGUGUCGAUCGCCUUGGCUACUCUAAGAACGUAAAUCUUUGGGUUGGGA